UUGAAUAUGACAAAGUAAUCAAGAGAUCCAAAGCUUUAGAUUAACACAUGGCUUCAUGUUUUUGUGGCGCGGCUUUCCUCAGACGUGCCCUUUUUUAUUUUUACUUCUUUCUCCUCCCCGGAACUGAAGCCGCUGCCGCCCGCCUGUCGGAGCCGAUAGUUGGGACGGAUGGCAAGUCAUGGCAGCGUGAGUGUUGAAGUUUACGGGUUUAACAUUUUCGGGUUCUUCUGGAAUUCUCCAAUUAAAAUGAGCAACAAACAACAAAAUGGAGACAGCCAAAAGUUUGAAGCGUUUAUUUAUUGGGGGAUUGCAUCACUCGGUUUCUGAAAGUGAAAUUAAAGAAAUAUUUAGCUCAUUUGGAGUUGUUACAACUGUGGAUAUUGUACUUAGGAAAGACAACAAAGGAAAUCCUGUGAAGGCCUUUGGUUAUGCUAAUGUAAACAUCUCAGAAACGGAAUUAAAAAGAUGCAUGUCAGUUCUGAAUAAAUCAAAAUGGAAAGGUGGAAAACUGCAAAUUGAAUUGGCCAAAGAAUGCUUUUUGCAUCGACUUGCUCAAGAGCGACAGAUUGCAGCUGAAAAUAAGCACAAACCACAUGUUGACAGCAUUGCAAUGGUGAUGGAGUCUCUAAAGAAAGCUGGUGUUGAAAAUUUUCAGAUUAAAUCUGCUGUGCCAGGAACAGAAGUACCUGAACAUAAGGACUGGAUUGUGAGUAAAUUUGGAAGAGUAUUGCCGGUUCUUCAUCUCCAACAAAACAAUAAGAAAAAAAUUAUAAAGUAUGAUCCUUCUAAAUAUUGUCACAACAUCAAGAAGCUUGAUCAUGUAUCUGAUUCAGGAAUCAAAAUGCCAGUAACCAAGCUUACAUGGCAUCUUGAUGAGCAGGAUGAUGAGACAAGUAAGAAAAAACGGGGGAUUUUUCCAAUUCCAACACAAACUGCAAAGAAGAAGAAGCUAUCUCCCAACAAAAACUGUGUGGAGAGUUCCACUAAUUCUGACUAUAAUGUUCAAAGAAAUAAAAUACUUACAAACUCCGUCAAACACAAUGCCAGUAAGUAUGAAUUUAUUGAGAUGACAGGGAACAAGAUUGGUGUUCCCGCAUUAGCUUCUUAUGCAGGCUUCAAGAGACAGAACCUUGACAAGGAAGAAACUACUGCUGCUGCUCAAAGAAAUGAUAGAUCAAAAGCUCAUUUAGCAUGCUAUGAUUCUGAUGCUGAAGAACUGGAAUUGAUUACCGAUGAACAGAAAUGCAAAACUAAAGUUUUAAGUGGAACAGAUGUAAAAGAACAAGACAUUCUAUUGGAGGUGGUCGGUGAGGAUUACCUUUUAAAACACCAAACCCACUGGGCAUUAAAGAACUCAAUGAGACAGACGUCAAAAGACAAUUACAAUGAUACAUCGAACAGCAGUGGAAGUGAAUAUGAUUCUGCUGACACGGAUGAAAUAAUCUCAAAAAUUAUUCCACACAAAAAAUUGCCAGAGAUAAAAUGUGAUAGAAAACCAGAUGUUGUGAAUAGCAACACUGAAGUUAACACUGCAAAAGGGGAUUGCGAAUCUAGCGGUAAUGAGGAUACAGUCACUGAGAAUUCAGAAUCUAGUGUGGAUGCUGAUUAUGAAGAAAUGACACGUAAUUGUUACCGAAUAGAGCUGUCAAUAACAGACCUUGAACAACUGGUAAAUAAAUCCUCCAAACUUGAGAAAACUAGUCAAUUGGAGAAAAGUGAAAUGGACUUUCCUAAAAUUGAUUCAGGCAUACCACCUUCUCAAGGCAUGCUUUCAUUGGAGCAAACAACCAUACCAGCAAAUAUAUUUUUGGAUGUUCAGAAUGAGGACAACAGUGACAAUGAAAUGACAUCAAAUGAACAGCUAAGUAACUUGCUUCCUUGUAAGGGCACUCAAUGCUUUUCUGAAGUAAAGAAAACGAACAUGGAAGGAGGCAAAAUAAUUAGUAAUCCUUCUCUGUUGAAUGUGAGGGAUGAAACAUAUAAGCAGUCAGUUGACAAAAAGGAGAAAGUUAAUGGAACCAGGGAUGUGAUUUUGGAUUCCAAUAGAAAUUGCAAACCACCACCUUUCAAAGGUAGAAGAUUUCUUCAAAUCAACAGUUCCACUGCGAGCUUCAGUGGCAAGCAAGGUUUGCCUACAAGUGAAGAAAAAUCAAAGUAUGAAAUGCAUAAAAUUAGCAACACUACAUUAAUGAGUGAAGAAUCGAAAGAGGAUGUAAAAGUUGAGAAAGAAACAACGCAGCAUAUAGAGCCAACCAGCUCUCAGAAGUUUGAACAAUCAUCAUCAUCUGUCACCAAAAGUGACAAUGAGAGGAAUAAGAUAGAACCUAAAGCUGGAAAUGAUAGAAAUGUUCCUGAGUGUCUGUUGAUUAAAAACAAAUCAAGUAUCUCCCCCCGCAAUGAGAAUACUGCUUAUGGUUUAGCUGCAGAAUCUCCUCAAAAUCUAGAGAAGCGGUUACUGGACAAUCAGAAACGACUGGCUGCUUUACAGAAGAGGCAGGAAGAGACAGCAGUGCAAAAGAAACUCAUCCAGGGAGCCCUCUCUGAUUUGACAAGUCAAAAACCUGGCAAAGGAAAACAUGUUGUCUUUGAUUCUGAAGAAGAGCUUGAAAGUGUUGAAGACAUUUACAGAGCAGCAGAUGCAAAUCCAUCAGCAGAAAGUCAAGACAAAAAGCUUGUUGCAAAAGAUUUCAAAACUAGAACCGUUGGGAACUUAUUUGAUAGUGAAGACGAAGAGGAAGAAGAUGACAAUGAUGAUUAUGAUGAAAGAUUCAAAAUCAAACCUCAAUUUGAAGGAAAAGCUGGUCAGAAGCUCUUGUUCUUACAAUCACGAUUUGGUACAGAUGAAAGGUUUCGCAUGGAUGAACGAUUUUUGGAAAGUGAAGAAGAAAACAUGGAAGAAUCUGCAGAUGUUACUGUUGGAAGCCAGAAUGCUGAGGAAGAUGAGUUUGUUGCAGAAAAAAGAAGAGCUCUGAAUAUCUUGAAAAGUGUUGUUCAAGAUGGCAUUGAAAAGAUUGAAGACAAGAAAGAACGAGUAAAAUUAAAAUAUUUUAAAGAUGUUUCUGCUCUGCACUAUGAUCCGACAAGAAAAGAUCAUACAGUCUAUGAAACCAAGUUGGAGGAAUCCAAUAAAGAGAGCAAAGCAGAAAGAAAGAAAAGGAAAAUAGAGGAAGAGAAACUUCCUGAAGUAUCAAAAGAAAUCUAUUAUGAUGUCAAUAAGGACUUGAAAGGGAUGUUCACUUCCAAUACCAAAGAAAACGAAGUUACAUUGGCUAAGGAAGAUGAAAUUCAGCUAGAAAAUCAGUGUCCUGAACCUCGUGAAAUGCCAACCAUCCAGCAGGCAUUUGAUUACCCAUCCAGUAAUGAUGCUGCAAAAGAAGAUUCGUCUAAUUUUACGUUUUCGUUUUUUGAAGCAGCAACCCAAGAUGGCAAUCAAAAGUCAGAACAUUAUGUAACUGGGCAAGUACCUAUGUCGGCUUUUCCAUGGCAUGAAGAUCCUCGAUUCCAGGACAGCUCAUCUGAAGAUGAGGAUGACAUAGAAAAUUGUGAAGAUAUCACUGCAAAAAAUUUGGUGGCAUUUCCUGAGAAGAAAACAAAUUUAUUUUUCUUUUUCAAAGAUGACCAAAGACUCAUAGAUGGCCCUAAAAUGUUUUGUCGAACUACACACCUGGAAGAUGAGAGAGAUGCCUGGGAAGAAAACCGAGCUUUACUAAUUGAGGAAUACCGUAAGAAACACAAAGAUGCAAGAAGGAAAAUAAAAAACAAGCAAUGAAACUUCCUUACGAUUAAUAUGCUGUGAAUGAAAACUAUUUGCUAUUAACUAUUCUUUAUAAAGGCUCUUUGAUAGGGAUUUUGUUAAUCCUAGUUUUAUAUCUGUGGUGGUAAACGGGGCAGCUACUGUUUACGAGCUUACACCAGGUAAGCGAGAGUGAAGAUCAGUAGAGUAAGGGUAAGAUUUAAAUAUUUUGAUGUUUGGCAUUUUUUAUAUUAAAAAAUGUUUUAAAGUGAUAAGUUUUUAAUAAUAUUUCUUAUAAUAUCAAGUGCAUUUGAUUGAGCUACAAAACUUCAGUUGUGAAGAAGGAGACAUUUGAGAGUUUUGUAUAUUUUUCUCUCCAAGAAAACUGCCAUUUAAAUGGCCCAACAAAAAUUAAAUGUUACCAAUUUUAAUAAAUAAAUGCUGAGGAAAUGGAGAGGACUAUCCUGAAAAUGGGUAGCAUGGAUGUGAGUUUCCCAAUCAGAAUAUUAAUUUGUUUUCUUUCCAACUCAGACAAUGGACUUGGACAAUUUAUAUUCAAGAAUUGUUUAUAUAAAAACAAUGGUUACCAUAAUCUAAAUGGACACAUAUCGAUGGGUGAUCAUCACAUACCAUAGAAUAUCUAGCAAAUCAUUAAAAAAAAAUGUUUUUACUUUUGUGAACAUGAGUUUCUGGAUGAAUCAGUCUAUCUGUUAUAACUCUAAUACAGACUUGUUUUGUACUUAUGGUGCCUCACCUGUUGUAUACAUCAUGCAUUUUCCGUUUUUAACUUCAAUUUUUAUUUUAUAUCAAUGAUUAGAAGUGCUGCUUCAUACAAUCUUAAUUAGAAGGUGAACUUGAUAUUCAGAAUUAUUUCUCACUUCUGUCACAUCCUGCAUCUUCUAGGAAAUUUCCCGGGCAGUUGUUAUGAAUGGGGAAUAAUUGACUCGUAUUACAAUAUUUAUACUUAUCCAGAUACAUUCCAGUGUAUCUGCAUAGUAGAUACAAAAUCCUGCCUCCUUGAAAAUUUGUAUGUAAAGACUUUGACACACUUUAAAUGACUUUAUUAAUUUUUUUGUAGAUCGUCAUUGCACAUGGAAAAUCAGAUUUACACAAAGAUUCUCUUGAUUCUAUCAGACCUAUUGGGAGGUUUUAAUAUUCCAUAAAAAAAGAAAUCCAGAACAAAAAACGUUUUGGAUUAGUUGCAAGAUGCCUUUAAGGACAUUGGAGGUUCCCUUAUCACACAGGUUAUCAUGCAGGAAUGUAAAAUUGGAGUAGUGAUAAUUUUAAAAAUUCUUUGUUCACAUUAUCAUGACAAAUUGCCAAAUAGUUCUUGAUGUGGCGGACAUUUGCUCUUAAUAAAAGAUCAGUAUUAAAAUUA